GUCACUAAGAACUGUCAUCUGUCAAAAUUCGGUCACAAGAAGGGAAUGUAACAAAAUUUGACCAAUUUUUGAGAUGACACACAGUGAAAAACGUACCCAUUGGUUUAAAGAAGGUGGAAUAGGACUUGGAGUGGGUAUAUUGUAUGGGUUAACAAACACAUGUGUCGGGCACCCAUGGGAUACCCUAAAAACCAAGAUGCAAGCCCAAGCAGGCUUCGAGAAAACCGGGCUUUUCCAGACACUCACAAAGACUCUCAGGUCCCAGGGUGUCAUUGGUCUGUACAGAGGAUGUAUUCCGCCUCUGUGGGGGUCUGGCAUUUACAGAUCCGUGCAGUUUGCUGUAUUUGAAGGGGUGUACACAUUACUGAAUGAGCCAAACUUUAAUUUUGAAAUUCCUCUAACUGCUGGGCUGCAACCGCGGGUAAUUAUAGCAGGUGCAGUAGCGUCUACCUCUAGAGCUAUUAUAGAAACUCCACUGGAAUUUGCCAAGAUUAAGAGACAAACGCAGCAAACAUGGGAACUCAGGAAGGUGUACACGGGCUUUGGAGUUACUUGGUUGCGCACCAUGGGCCUGAUGAGUUCAUAUUUUAUCUUUGUGGACACGGGUAGGCGAAAUUUCCCCGAGUACUUCGCCCGGCCCAUACUUGGACCAUUUCUCAUAUCAGGGAUGGCAGCUACCAUGGCAUGGUGGAUUGUGUGGCCAUUAGAGUACAUGAAAUCACAAGUCCAGAGUGGUUAUGCCAACCAAAACGAGUCGGUGCUGAAGAGAAUGGCAACCGUUAUACGUGAGCGGGGAUUUUUCUCCCUAUACCGGGGAAUUUUGCCCGGUACCAUAAGAAGCUUCACAGCCAAUGGAACGAGUAUGGUUGUCAUGACGUUUGCACAGAGAAAGGUUUCUGAAAUGGGUCUUAGGGAUUGAUGGUUAUACAUGUUGAUUUUAAGCUUAAAGAAAACAGUCAAGGUAAAGAGUUGUUGUCGUUGGCAGCAGUGUGCAAAAACUUUAACCUUUAAGCCAUCACUAAAAACUGUAUUUAAAUAAAACUUGGUACACAUGUUCUAACAGACAUUAUAUGCAUAGUAAGGCUAUGGAUUGAAUAAAUGUUGAGUUUGUCCCCUUGAUCGACUGAAAAAAACAACAGACGAGCGUUGGCAUGCGCUUUUGUUGACUUUCAUAUGUAUACGAUUUAGUCUGUGUUUCGAGGGUCGAUGUAUUGUCAAAACUUUGGCGGCAUUGUUUUUGUCAACAUAUGUAUCACGGCAGCUUGGGAGUCAUUUGCAGCAGCAUGAAAAAAAAAGCAGCAUGUUAACAUUGAGUAAUAAAUCAAACACUUUAUUAUAAGAUUUUAUCAUAAAGCUCUCGUGAACAGACUUUAUGUUGGCAUUUUGUUUUUUGAAAAUGGUUGAAUUUGAGUUAUUUUGCACUAGUUCUAUGAACAAAGACCAAACAAAAACUACCAGGUACUCAUUUGAGUCCAAGCCUAAACUUAAUUUACAUUACUAAUGCUGAUUCUUAUGUCACAUAUUUCAAUAGUUAUUAUCAAUAGGACCAAUUUGGACUUUAGUCCAUGUUUUAUCAUUGUUACAAGUGGAUCUUUUAUUAUUGUUAUAAGAAUUUUAUUACCAUGUACAUGUAUUCAGGGAGAAAGAUUGCUGCCACAUGUAGGUGGAGUGUUAAGUGUUUUUACAUCCUUAUAUGUUAGAUAUUACAGUUUAUUGUAUUCGCAUUAUGUUGCGUUGCGAUGUUAUUUGCUCAAAUUCACAAGGAAACUUAAUACUCUUGCGAAGAUAAAAUAAUGAGAUUAAUUAAUCAGGUUCGACAAGCUGACCUAGGAGUGACAGUCUACGUCGGCGAUACGAACUGUGGGUGAGGGGUGUCCCACGGGUAGUUAAUGGCUAUGCAAAACAGGGAUAUCGAGGAUAUUCAAAAUACCAAUAUUUCUCUGAAAAUAAGCAUAAAAAGAAACAAACAAAAAUGUUAAUUGUUUUUAACUAAGGUCAUAGAAAAAUGCUAUUUUCUAAGACUCUCUUAAAAUGAUAGAAAAACGAUAUUACAUUAAUAUCGUCUAUAUAAUAUAUCACUGGUUAAAUUUUCAUUUUUUGCAACGAACGUGUUAUGUGAAAAAGAGAAUCUUACAUUCGUUGCAGUUUGAUACAAAAUGUCAUGACAUUUGUUAAGGAAAGUUGUAAAGCUCGUCAACGGCUUAUUUCAUAACUUUUCCUAACUGUAAUGUAUAUACAUUGUUUUUGUACUCAUGUAAGCUCCUAUAUUUACUGAACUUUUUGCUAUGCAAGCUAUGCAAUAUGUUACAUUAUUAUAAUGUACGGCUAAUGUUAAUCUCAUCAAAACCAGAUUCCAAAUAAUCGCUUCACGACUUUACGCUAUGGCUUUUAUUGAGUGCAAUUGCUAAUGAAUAUACUAGUUGGAGAGGUCAACUUCAGGUGACACCAAUGCCAUGUUCUAAAGUCGCAUGCAGGACCGCGAAAUGAUUUUUAUAAAAUUGGUUUAUAUAAGUUUGUGUUAGUUUUGUAAGCAUACAAUAACUGUUUUACAUUUUAUUAAAGUUGCAUAUUUUACACACUUUCUUCCACGUUUUUGCAUUCUUUGAAAACAAAUAUGUAUCAUAUUGAAUCUCAAAUCUAAACAUUUACUGUCAUUUAGUUGUAUAGAGAAUUGCAGUGAAUUGUUUUCAAGUAAUCCAGGUAAUCUUCUACAAGUUUUAAUGAACAUAUUUCAAGGGAUGUAUUUCCCUUUGAAAUGAAUAAUUUGCAUCACACAUUUUCUCAGAAGUAGCCAGCUAUGCCUUGUUUGUGUUUACAGAUGAUCGUGUUUUUCUCAUUAUUUUAAAUGAUCACAUCAGAGGCAUUUAUAUAGCUAAGCGCCUUUUCUUUUGAAUUAAAAAUAAUGAUUUGAUUACCGUUAAUCAAGAAUUUCUAGUCAAUUAAAAAGUUUGUGAUAUUCAGAAACAUGAUUCCAUUCCCUGGAAUUAUAGUUAACUAUAGAUUUUAUUUUUUAUAUUAGAGGAGAGAAAUAUUCAUAAGGUAUUAUUAUCAUUCUGACAUUUUGUUUCACUAGAAUAUCAGGAGACCAUAUUUUUACAAGGGAACAAAUAAGCACGAUUAUUUAUAUGGCGUGCGUCGCCCUCGAGUUAUGUAGCUUCAUUUCUAUUCAUAUUUUUCCAAAUAUAAUUGGAAUAUUAGGAUUUUUGCUCUAGUACGAUGAAAAACAUCAUUUCGAUAAUUAUCCUGUCCUAAAAUUAUCUGAAUACAUAAUAAUUGUUUCGAAGUAAUUUAAAAAGCUACAAACGUCUUUAACACCUCUGACAAGCCAACCUUUACGUGUGCUUCCUUAAAGCAGGGCAUUGCCGAAGAAAGUUUUGAUAUACAUUUAUAACAACCCGUUCAAUUUUUAUCUUUAAGGAUUUUAGGGACAACCACAGUUACCAUAAUUUUCAAAAAUAAACCCUUCAUUUUAGUAGAACAAUGUUCAUGCAUUGGCCAAAACUGUUAGUUGAAAAUGCAUUUUACAUGUGUAAUACAAUGUUUAUUGUAUGUUUCGUAUGCAAGAUAUUUUAUACAUUGUAUAUUUCUAAUGCUAGAUUUUGAUUUCAUUUAACAUAGCCAUGUAAUUUUCUUGGUUGUACAAUGAACUCUUAAAUAUUGUGUUGUAAUCUAACCUUUAUGUUUGAUGUAAUUAUUUGUACAAUAAUUACGAUGAUAUGAGAUGGGUGCGCGUUUACAUUUGGUAUAAAUGAUAAAUUGUGGCAAUUUGGGGUUACACGUAUCAGUUGAUUGUUAAUGGAGAAAUGAUAUAGGAGCUUAUUUUAACAUUUUUCAUGUAUGAGAAGUUGAUAGAAGCUACAUCUUAAAUCAAUAAACUUUUGAUGGUGUAAAUAUAAUAUUUAUUUAAUAUAGUAUCGUUUAUAUAAGUUUGAAAAUGAUAUUUAUUAAAUGUCUUAUGGUCAAGACCAUCUGGGAGCAAUAUGUCCAAGAAACUACUCCUGUUAUAUCCUCAGUAUACCAUUCAUGGCCAUGAUGGAAAAACUGUCAUUGUUUACCGCCGAGGCUUGUCUUUAUAAAUUUUAGAAGAUACAAAUUAAGCCCGCAUUCAAUUCUUCUCAUUAAUUAAAACGUUUUUUUUUUGUAAAAUGCAAGAUACAUUUAAAUGAUUUUGAGGUUGUAAAUUUGUAUUGUAAUAAAACUAUUAAUCCAAGAGAAUGAUGGAUUUCCAAAACAAGUAAAUAGAACAAAGGAUGGCAUGUGUUAUUUACUACAAGCUCAAUGGGGACCAUUUUUUUACAAUUAUAGAUCUCAUUAAAUAAAGGCAGGGUAAAGCUCAUGAUAUUGGCACAACAUCUUUAGGUAAAAACCGCACAUAGAAUCGUUGGCAUAAAAUAGCAUAUAUAGACUCAAGACUUAUGAAUUUGGGCAUACUGCAGUAGGGUAUAUCGGCGGUAAUUUCCUUGAUUUGUAAUCACCACUGCCUUGCUUUUUUGCGACUAUUUUAUUUUUUAUGAUAUUUUUUCAUUCGAUUUCAUAUGAAAGUUAUACAAGUAUGCCUGAUGUGAGAAAAUAGCAGCUAUGUGCUUGAACAAAAUAUAUUUGAGAUAGUAGGUUGAGCAUUUUUCAGUGCACAUUUUAUAGGUUGCAGGAGUGGUUGUUCUUGGUUCGCGUAUAAUUAAUGAUAUUUUUGUCUUUAUGUUUUUUUACCGACAUUUAGGCCUUGUCAACGGGUUCUUCCCUUCACCGUACAGUGAUAGCUACCGUCACGUUAUGGUAUUCAAAGUCACGUGAUGUAACAAAUCGGAACUUUCUUUCAUUUAAAAAAAUAUUUGAAAACAACAUUAUAUUUUGGAAAUUUGAUAAAUGAUUGCAUAAAUAAGCGUUACAAACUUAUAUAGAAAAAACAUCCAGCAUUUGUUCAUGCGGCAGAGAUCUUCGCUGCUCGUCAAGGGAGAUCAGUGCGUAAGAGAUUGGUUAAAUAUAUAUGAUGUGCCGUGAAUAAAUUGUUGUACCUAUAACGCGAUGUACCAAUCGGAAAAAGUUUCAGGUAAAAUCUGCACCAACAAUUUUAGUUGCAUUAAAGUAGAAUAUCUUGGUCAUCGUCUUGUCAUAUAUAUAUAGUUAAUUUGUUUAUAAAAGGUGUGCCAUUGUUUUCUGACUGUAUUUAAACCAUAUCAUGACUGGCAGCUCAUUCUGGUUUUUGAUAAAUGAAAAUCUAUGGGGGGUUUUACUUGUUGUUGAUGCGUGUUUUUAUUCUGAUUGCUGAUUCAUCUAGGUCUGAUGAUAUUUUGAUAUUGUAUUAUUGUGUACUUUAUACAUCAUAUGGCUGUAAAAAAAUAUGUAUA